GCGCAGGCGGCGGCUCCCGGCGUGCAGCUCGGUGGCGGCUGACCCGGCAGCCGGCCGCCUCAGGCAGCCCUGGCCGGGCCGCCCGGGUCCCCGGCAGCGGGGUAGGAUGGCGCUAAAGCGGAUCCAAAAGGAAUUAACCGACUUGCAGAGGGAUCCUCCUGCCCAGUGUUCCGCGGGACCUGUGGGUGAUGACUUGUUCCACUGGCAGGCCACCAUCAUGGGCCCGAAUGACAGUCCUUACCAAGGAGGUGUUUUCUUCCUGACCAUCCACUUUCCUACGGAUUACCCGUUCAAGCCCCCAAAGGUUGCUUUCACAACCAAAAUUUAUCACCCUAAUAUCAACAGCAAUGGCAGCAUCUGCCUUGAUAUCCUGCGGUCUCAGUGGUCUCCAGCGUUGACUGUGUCAAAAGUUCUCUUGUCCAUCUGCUCGCUGCUCUGCGACCCCAACCCCGAUGACCCUCUGGUGCCAGAGAUAGCCCACACCUACAAGGCCGACAGAGAGAAGUACAACAGACUAGCAAGAGAGUGGACACAAAAAUAUGCUAUGUAAGUGCCUCGGAGGUUUUACGUGAGACGUUAUCCAAGAGAAGCUGGCAGAGAGGUCUUCCCUUAAAACUUUGGGCUGUUGGCUGAGCCACUCACAGAGCGUCAUCUGUUCUUCAAACAAAUGUUGGUCACCCACUGUCUCCAGCUGCAGCAUGUUGGUGCCAUUUUCAGCAUUUAUGGCUUUGACAGUGCCACCUUUUUGAUGCCAAAUCAGCAGCCAUUGUUGUUAUGAUCUGCAGUCUUCCUGGUGACACUGGAAUCUCUCUCUCUGCCACCUCAGUUUGUCUGUUGGUCUCUUGGGGGGCCAGGCCCUGCACGUCUCUCCUACCUGGCCUCAAAUGGUGCUGCUGCCCAUGAUGGUACCACACCAGGGCCUCAGCCUGGCCCCUCACCACAUACCCUUUGCCUUUUAGAACUCAGUGCCAUCCUGGGUGCCCAGGUCAGAGCAGGCUUUCUUCACACCUCAUCUGCUGCAGAACCACAUCCUGAGGAGUCUCAGCUCAUCCUGGAGGGAAUUGGGAACAGUGUCACUGGGAAGUGAAGGCCUAGCCCAGCGGCUUCCACCAGUCUCCUCCUGCAGUGCCACAUGCUGGCAUUUCUCCCCUCACACCAAGAGGCAGCAAGUGGAAAAUUUCAGGAUACAAAGCACAUAAUACCCCAUAAGAGAUGACUAUGUUUUUAGAAGCAAGAGCAAAAUUAUGAAACCUCUAGAGAUUUGGGUCAUGUUACUCCAUUUGAUGAGGAUUCUCACUAUCCCCCGCUCCUCCCACUAGGAGCCUACACUAAGUCCAGGUGUGAGCCAUUCACAGAGUAGAACACAAGCAGGGAGAGAGAAUCUUAAAUGUAAAUAAAAAUGCAAUUCACUCAUAACUCUAAA